AUGUCAACGUUUGGCAUGACAUACAACCAGACAUGCAGAGACUGCGGCCUAGCACUCAAACCCGCACACUCUUCCUCGCUGCUCGCCCCCCUCUCCCAGAGCCCUGUCGUAGUCCCCUACACCUACCCCAGCCUCUUCAAACUGCAGCGGGCGGCCGAGGGUGGGGUGCCCUUCGUCUUUGGCGAGUCGCAGCAGCAGACUGAGCGGCAUGACGAUGGACACCAGGAGGAGCAGCAAGGCCAGGCUGAGCAGGAGCAGCAGCAGCAGCAGCAGCAGCAGCAGCAGCAGCAGCUGCAAGGACUGGACCAGGAGGCUCAGCAUCAGCAGGUGGAGCCGGAAGCGGGCGCGGCAGCCGCAGGAUUUCCUUGGCGGGCAGCUGCAGAGGCGGAAGCUGCGGCACGGGAGACGGCCCACCAGACCUACCGCAUCAACCCUCCUGAGCUGGCGGCCUGGCGCGACCUGGCACCCCUGCUGGUGGUGCCUGGAGGUGUGGAGGCGCCCGGCGGUGGCUGCCCGGGUGUGCCUGGCGCGCUGACAGUGGAAGGCCUGCAG